AUGGGGAAUGGUCACGUGUCGGGCGCAGCUUUGUCCCAGAGCUGGCGCACACCAGUCAAACCCAUUCGGAGGAGCUGCCGGACAACGGCUAUCAAGAUGAAGCUAACUCGUGAGCUCCAGGAGACCAGAGAACUUGACAGGCAGCUCAAGGAGGCCAACGCCAAGCGAGAAGAAGCAGCCAGGAAGCAGCGCAAGAAGAACCGUGAAAGGCGUGAAAAGAACGCACGGGCAGCGAGCGGCGAGCAGAAGAUAUCCAAUGCCAAGGUUAACAAACUCUCAAGGCAGCAGCUCAGGAAGAUGCACAUUGUCAAGGUGGAUUAG